AUUCCCUCCUAAUCCUACAACCUCGACUCGACAAUGAACUCUCUUCGUCUUCUCUCCAGGAAUGUGCAGCGGGUUGCUCGCUCGGGUACACAAGCCCGCUAUUUCCGGAGCUCAUCACUGCUCUUGACAGGCAAGGCCCAUGAUGCCACGGACGAGACAUUCAGCAAACUGCUUAGCGCAAAGGAACCCGUUCUUGUCGAUUUCCACGCAGAUUGGUGUAGACCCUGCCACAUGCUCGACCCCAUCAUUCGCGAGGCAGUGCAAAACUCGGGAGCCGUCACCUUGAUCCGCGUCAAUGUUGAUGAAUGCCCCACUGUCUCUUCUAAAUACCAGAUUGCCAGUAUCCCCUGCGUUAUGGCUUUCAAGGAUGGCGAGGCAGUCGACCGGUUUGUCGGCGCACUUCCCAAGGGAGCUGUCAAGGACUUUGUGGAGAAGCAUGCCAGCCGUGCUUAACGUGUUAAUGACAGUUGUACAGCAACAACACUCAGAGGGCAACAUGGAGGGCUGUCGAAAGGAGCGUGCAAUAAAACACCUUUUUAUAUAUUUAUGAG